CGCCUCGAACAAGGCUGCGAUCUUCGCCCGAGAACCACAGCCUUACACCCCGACGCCCAGCAUCACCGAUUCUGUGCUGCGUGCUCCAAUUGCGCCCACAAUGAACAAGGACGGAUGCUACACGUACGUGCACAUGCACAAGUCGCACCACGCCGACCUGUUUGAGGAUUUCUGCAAGGACAAGCUGCCGGUCGACGACAUCUACGUGCCGCCCAACCUGCAGCCCAUCAACCCCGAGGAGGAGGACGAUGUGGUGCCCGACCAGCAUGCUGCCUACGGCGUCCAGAAGGCCACGCAGAAGGUGCGGGAGCCGGCCUGGAAGGACCUGGGUUUGGCGGAGCUGAUGGCUCGUGGGCCGGCCCCGGGCACCUCCAUGCGACGCACUGGGUUGAGGCGGAGAGGCGGUCCUGGCAGCCAGCACAAGGGGUUGCCGCGUUGAUAGGGAAGGACGUUCUUUGCUUUGUCGUUUUGUGCUGCAUUGCAAGGCGUUUGGUCAAGGAGGGGAUGCGGUUAUGGACGGGCUGGUUGGCAUCACGUUAGGAGUUUAUGGGGAGUGCAUUAUGCAUUGACAAGCGGGCAAUGCGUCGGAGUGCCGCUCGCUCUGUCCUCUUCCUGCGC